AUGGCGAUGUCGUCUAAAGUGACCGACAGCCCUGUUACCAUGGCGAUGUCGUCUAAAGUGACCGACAGCCCUGUUACCAUGGCGAUGUCGUCUAUAGAGAAGCAGGUCACCGGGUACCUCCUGUUCUCGCUCUGCACCGCCGUCAUCGGCUCGCUGCAGUUCGGCUACAACACCGGAGUCAUCAACGCCCCGGAGCAGAAACUGCGAUCUUUCUUCAACGACACCUGGGUGGAGCGCUACGGGACCCCCAUCAGCCCGGGGGUGUGCACCAUCGUGUGGAGCGUCUCCGUCGCCAUCUUCAGCGUGGGCGGCAUGGUGGGCAGCUUCAGCGUGGGCGUCAUGGCCAACCGCUUCGGCAGGCGCCGCUCCAUGUUCCUGGUGAACUUCCUGGCUGUGAUCGGGGGCCUCCUCAUGGGCUUCUCCACCCUCUGCUCCUCCCACGAGAUGCUGAUCGCCGGCCGCCUGGUCAUCGGCCUGUUCUGCGGCCUCUUCACGGGCCUGACCCCCAUGUACGUGGGCGAGGUGUCGCCCACGCCCCUGCGCGGCGCCUUCGGCACGCUGCACCAGCUGGGCGUGGUGGUGGGCAUCCUGAUCGCGCAGGUGUUCGGCCUGGAGUCCCUGCUGGGCUCGGCCCGGCUGUGGCCCCUGCUGCUGGCCCUCACCGUGGCCCCCGCCCUGCUGCAGUGCGUCCUGCUGCCCUUCUGCCCCGAGAGCCCCCGCUACCUGCUCAUCAACCUGCAGCAGGAGGAGGAGGCGCGCAAAGCGCUGGUGCGUCUGCGCGGCACCGAGAACGUGAGCAAGGACCUGCGGGAGAUGAAGGAGGAGAGCGCCAAGAUGGCGCUGGAGAGGAAGGUGACCAUCCUGGAGCUCUUCCGCUCGCCGGCCUAUCGGCAGCCGCUCCUCAUCGCCGUGAUGCUGCAGCUCUCACAGCAGCUGUCAGGGAUCAACGCCAGCCAUACCAGGCCCAGUUCCAGCAGCUACAGCAAUCUCCAGUGGCUCCCGCCGCCUUCUACCCACGGGCAGAUUACAACCAAGAACAACCCUGGAAUGGCAGAAAUCAAAGAAAUCGCGGAAGAGGAGGACGGUAUAAUCCCAAUUCCCAACAGCGUUCAGACGAAUGCUAUACGUGUGGAGCCCUUGGCCAUUUCGCCCGGGAGUGUAACCAAGGAGAUUUCAGAGGAAAUAAUAGAGGAAAUCCCAGAGGAGGAUACAGGGGCCAAUCCGGAGCGAACCAAGGACCAGUAA